AUGGAGCGCAAACACGCGGAUCGGUCGCUAUCGGCCGUCGGUGAGACAUUUCAGCUCACGAGCCAAUGCGUAGAUGAGGCGAACGGGAUUUUCGCGGUUCUCAAAGCGGUAAAAGGCCACGGCGUCCCGCUUCACGUCCGAUACCAGACGCCGGGAGACGACAGCGGAGUCCUCUGCGAAUCGAACGAGUGCCAGAUGAACGUAGACGUGGCGCAGAGGAGCGGCAUCGCGUCGUACCAGUGCGUGCACAUCGGUGCGGCGAGCUUUUGCGGGUCUUCGGUGGAACGCGUCUCGCUGGAGGAAGGCAUUUUGACCGAGAUGCAGGAGCUUUUCAGAACUGAGGAACGCCGUACAGGCCACGCUUCGGAAGAAGAGGACAUUGCGGACCACAGGCACGGGUAUCCACCGAAAGGUCUGGGGUUGAGGUGUAUGGUGAGUUACAUUCUCCAGAAAAAGAAGAUACCUGCCGUUCUUCCUGAAGAUAUGCGGGUGCCGUCAGCACUCAAAGAUUACCCACAACACCUCUGUCCGAAUGAGACCGUGUGUCAGGACUGUCCAGGGGAGGUGCUCCUCAGCGAUCCUAUGCUAAUUACACACAACGCCAAAAUCCUCACCAACUGGUGCAUCAUUAAAGAUGUCGCCACCUACAGCAAGCGGUGCCCGCAGUGUGGGAUGUUUUAUCGUUAUCAAGAGUGGAAAGAUCACCUCCAUAACUUCAAUGAUCACAUCAUCCUUGACAUACCCUUAUGUUUAACAUUGAGAAACCUUUUGCAGGUCCAUACUUCAAUGAGCAGGGCAGUUGAGUUUUUACGGCUUACCACAGGAGUGGAGUUUCCACCUCCAGACACAAUGCUGGAUGCUUAUUUGCAGUUCGAAGCCCUGACAGAUCAUGACUAUAAGUAUUCAUGCCCCUCGUGUGGCGAUCACCCUCCGGUGGUUAUCAUGGGCGUACACAAACACGCUGCUUCUUCAUUAUCAGAAAAUGACAUCGAAAAACCUCCAGAGAGCUUUAAAGGGGAGGUCAGUGUGGAAGAGUUCUGGGAGUCACUGUCUAAAGACAUGAUCUGUCGAGGAUUUGUUGCGAAUGGUGGACACAAUCCAUUUGCAGUCCCGCCGAGUUAUCACUUUUGGGCUCCUUGGAUUGGUAAAAACACACGGCGUUCAGACACUGUGCUAAACACCGAGUUUGAGAAAGUGAACGAUGAAACGGCCGUUACAGAAGAAAAACUGAGAGAAGAACUCUUCAAACUGAAGGAUGACGUGAUUAGAACUUUAUGCACUGAAUGUGGUGUGGACUCCGCUGGAUCUCGCAGCGAUCUUCUUCUUAGAUUAUACAAUGAAAUGAAAUCCAAGCAAACAUAUGACAAAAUCUGUUCAAAAAUCCGGAGUGCCUCUGGAGGCUGGGGGGUCAUUAUGUGCCCCUGUGGAAUUGUUUACAGCCUGAAAUGCAGUCUUCGAGCUGAGAGCCCUCAAGAUUUUGCUGAUUUGCUGUUAUCAUGGCAUCACAUGCCUAAUAUCGUAAUUUAUGACUUUGCGCAGGCUCUUGCAAAACACACCAAUCUAAGGGCAUCAGAAAAGUUACCCUUCUCUCCAUUUGAAGGAUGCCUGGUGGAACCCACUCAAGCCAACAAAGAGCUGGCCAGACGUGGACAGCUGGAAGUGCCUCUGCCCUGGCUGGACGGGAACAGCAGACAGGCGGAUCCUCACGGACACCCAGUGACGGGUUCAGCUGACCAUUACGUACUUUGUGGCCGUUCUCAUGAAGGCAUCGCAGACGGAGACGUUCUGAGGAAGCUCUCCCUCGUGCCUCAGCUGGCUGACAGAGUCAGCAGUCAGAUUUCAGAGCGACUGUUUGCUCAAAUGAAGAAGAACGACUACUUUUUGAACAUGUCUUUGCCGUCGACACAUCUGUAUCAAAUGAGGAACAUCAUUCACCACUAUAAUGAGAACAGGGCCGAUAAACUGAGCACCGGUUCAACCGGGAGUUCUGGAUCCAACUUGCUGACUGAAGCGGUGCUGGAGUCUUUAACCAGAAGCAGAGAUGAUGUGAUGGAGGACACAAUCCUGACAUCUUUGACGUCCUGAGCAGCAGUGCUUGACCAGGCCUUUAGCACCGACAACCUUUUGGAGUUGGAAACUAUGUUCUGAAAUCGUUAUUUAUGUCACUUUCAGUGAAUUGAAAUGUUAGUGACUAAUGACUAUAUAUAUAUAUAUAUAUAUAUAUAUAUAUAUAUAUAUAUAUAUAUAUAUAUAUAUAUAUAUAUAUAUAAUGUUUAAAUUAACUACUUAUUUUUGCCAGUAUAUAAUGUAGCAUUGUAUUUUUUUCUGCAAAUAGCUUGUUUUUGGGGGUUUUUUUUAGAAUUAUUUUCAAAAGCAAUCGAACUAGAACUGCCUCCUGAUGAGUUUUUGGUUUUGGAGUGUUAAUAUAGUUUAAAUGUGUUGUUUGAGCACUUUAGAUGUGACGCUUUUUUAAAGCAGUAUUGAAAUAUUUUAUUAGAAUUUGUAAUGGAAUGUUUGUUUUGUGCUGUAUAAAGUUACACGCAUGACUGCAAAAACACUUUCCCCCUUUUUUUUACUUUUAUUUUAAAAAGUUGAAUUAUUGUACACAAACACAGUGGUUUUAUAUAUAUAUAUAUUCAGCUGUGCUGAACCUUAACUUUUACAUUUCAACUUGUGAAAUUUAUAUUGAAAUCAUUUUUGCAUUAUUGUUUUUAAAAAUAUAUUUUACUGUUUUAAGUGAAGUUCAAUGUCUUCGUAAGGUAUGCCAUCGCUGUUUCGGCAGCGAAAAACAGAACACGUAAUCCUUUACUUGGGGGAGAAAAAAAUAAUGUUUUAAAUAGUAUGUCAGUUAAAAUGCUGUAAUGUAAAGUGGUCGUUACCAAAACAUGACCGUGACAACCGAAAAUGUGCAAUCACUACUGAAACAUGGUACGUUUGGUCAGAAAUAAAGUACAUUGAAUUAUCAA